AUGUUCCUGUCUCCUUGGCUCCCUUUCCUUCUUCUGUGCGUGGUGACAGCAUACUGCUCAGAAACUAAAGCCUGUGAGGAUGCCAAGAAGACCUGCUCAGUGGUGGCCUGUGGCAUCCCUGUCACCAAUGGCACCCCGGGCAGAGACGGGCGAGAUGGGCCCAAGGGAGAAAAAGGAGAACAAGGUCAAGGGCUCAGAGGCUUGCAGGGCCCUCCCGGGAAAUUUGGGCCUCCAGGAAAUACAGGGCUCCCUGGGGCUCCAGGAGCCAAGGGCCAAAAAGGAGAUCGUGGAGACAGAUCAGUUGCUGAGAACAAGCUGGCAGACUUAGAGAGAGAGAUAAGGAGCCUGAAAUCAGAACUGUACCACACCAAAAAGCUGCAAACCUUCUCUUUGGGCAAAAAGUCUGGGAAGAAGCUCUAUGUGACCAACGGUGAAAAGAUGCCCUUUUCCAAAGUGAAGGCUCUGUGCGCCCGGCUCCAGGCCACUGUGGCCACCCCUAAGAAUGAAGAGGAAAACAAGGCCAUUCAGGAUGUAGCCAAGGACACUGCCUUCCUUGGCAUCACAGACGAGGUGAUCGAAGGUCAGUUCAUGUAUGUGACAGGAGGAAGACUGGCCUACAGCAACUGGAAGAAAGAUGAGCCUAAUGACCAUGGCUCAGGGGAGGACUGUGUGACCCUGUUGACAGAUGGGCUCUGGAAUGACAUCUCUUGCUCCUCCUCCUUCCUAGUGGUCUGUGAGUUCCCAGCCUGA